AUGAGACAACGUCACAUUAUAAAUUCAGAUUGCUUAGCCCCAGAGGAGCCAGUGAAUGGUACCGUGUCCUAUGUAAACACAACAUACCUGGAGAUAGCCACAUACUCCUGCGACACUGGGUUCACCUUGAACAUUUCUCCCGAUACCGUUAUCUGCAAUGACGGGGGCUCCUGGAAUGUAACUGGCUUCACUUAUUGCGGGAGUCCCAGUCAGCCGACUGAUGGAAAUGCAACAUCGUCAUCAACUGUGUUUGGAUCAGUUGUGACUUACACAUGUAAUGAAGGCUACACGCAGGAUGGAGCCGCCUCUGCAACAUGUCAGGCAGAUGAAAAUUGGAGUGCAGACCCGCCUACAUGUACAAUUGUUGAUUGCUUAUCCCUGGAAGCCCCCGACAAUGGCCAAGUGAACUUUGAUCCUGGCACCACGUAUCUGAAGUAUGCCACGUACAACUGUGAGACUGGCUACUCGCGUAAUGGGGUCAAUGUGCGCCAAUGUCAGUCCAACGGCAGUUGGAGCGACGAAGCCCCUACAUGCACAAUAGAUGAUUGCUUAGCCCCAGAGGAGCCAGUGAAUGGUACCGUGUCCUACGUAAACACAACAUACCUGGAGUUAGCCACAUACUCCUGUGACACUGGGUUCACCUUGAACAUUUCUCCCGGUACCGUUAUCUGCAAUGACGGGGGCUCCUGGAAUGUUACUGGCUUUUCAUGUAUCAUCGAUGACUGUGGCAAUCUAACGGAACCAGGAAAUGCUACAAUGGUUCUCCCAGACACAGUAUACUUGACAGUAGCCACAUUCACCUGCGACCGUGGUUUUAACAUCACUGGUGAUAAUGCCCUUAUUUGUGAAGUUGGGGGAACAUGGAAUGGGUCAGAACCAACAUGUACCAUACAUAACUGUGGCUCUGCACCAGCUAUCACUGAUGGAGUGAUGUCUGGCUUAGGCACCACCUAUGAGUCUGAGGUCACUUACACCUGUAAUACAGGCUUUGAUAUAGACGGUGGGAACACACUUGUUUGCCAAGAUGAUGGCACCUGGAAUGGAACAGCACCUAACUGCACUAUCAUGGACUGUGGCACACCUGUACCACCCAGCAAUGCAGACACAGUGCCAGGAUAUGUGACAACUUAUGGUGGUAUUGUGAUGUUUGACUGUGCUGUAGGCUAUUAUGUUGAUGGAGGCAGCAAUUCCAGCACAUGUAAUUCUACCGCAGACUGGGAUGGGGAGCCACUUGUCUGCACUAUUCAUGAUUGUGGCAGUCUAACACAGCCAAGCAAUGGAACCAUGACUGUAAGUGACACAACAUACCUUUCUCUGGCCACGUUCACAUGUAACACAGGUUAUGAUCUGAUUGGGGACAGUACUCUACUGUGUGAAGAACUUGGAACCUGGAAUACAACAGAACCUACUUGUACCAUACGAGACUGUGGCUCUGCACCAGCUAUCACUGGUGGAGUGAUAUCUGGUUUAGGCACCACCUAUGAGUCUGAGGUCACUUACACCUGUAAUACAGGCUUUGAUAUAGACGGUGAGAACACACUUGUUUGCCAAGAUGAUGGCACCUGGAAUGGAUCAGCACCUAAUUGCACUAUCAUGGACUGUGGCACACCUGUACCACCCAGCAAUGCAGACACAGUGCCAGGAUAUGUGACAACUUAUGGUGGUAUUGUGAUGUUUGACUGUGCUGUAGGCUAUUAUGUUGAUGGAGGCAGCAAUUCCAGCACAUGUAAUUCUACCGCAGACUGGGAUGGGGAGCCACUUGUCUGCACUAUUCAUGAUUGUGGCAGUCUAACACAGCCAAGCAAUGGAACCAUGACUGUAAGUGACACAACAUACCUUUCUCUGGCCACGUUCACAUGUAACACAGGUUAUGAUCUGAUUGGGGACAGUACUCUACUGUGUGAAGAACUUGGAACCUGGAAUACAACAGAACCUACUUGUACCAUACGAGACUGUGGCUCUGCACCAGCUAUCACUGGUGGAGUGAUAUCUGGUUUAGGCACCACCUAUGAGUCUGAGGUCACUUACACCUGUAAUACAGGCUUUGAUAUAGACGGUGGGAACACACUUGUUUGCCAAGAUGACCGUGCCUGGAAUGGAUCAGCACCUAAUUGCACUAUCAUGGACUGUGGCACACCUGUACCACCCAGCAAUGCAGACACAGUGCCAGGAUAUGUGACAACUUAUGGUGGUAUUGUGAUGUUUGACUGUGCUGUAGGCUAUUAUGUUGAUGGAGGCAGCAAUUCCAGCACAUGUAAUUCUACAGCAGACUGGGAUGGGGAGCCACUUGUCUGCACUAUUCAUGGUUAUGAGCUGAUUGGGGACAGUACUCUACUGUGUGAAGAACUUGGAACCUGGAAUACAACAGAACCUACUUGUACCAUACGAAACUGUGGCUCUGCACCAGCUAUCACUGGUGGAGUGAUGUCUGGCUUAGGCACCACCUAUGAGUCUGAGGUCACUUACACCUGUAAUACAGGCUAUGAUAUGGACGGUGAGAACACACUUGUUUGCCAAGAUGAUGGCACCUGGAAUGGAUCAGCACCUAAUUGCACUAUCAUGGACUGUGGCACACCUAUACCACCCAGCAAUGCAGACACAGUGCCAGGAUAUGUGACAACUUAUGGUGGUAUUGUGAUGUUUGACUGUGCUGUAGGCUAUUAUGUUGAUGGAGGCAGCAAUUCCAGCACAUGUAAUUCUACCGCAGACUGGGAUGGGGAGCCACUUGUCUGCACUAUUCAUGAUUGUGGCAGUCUAACACAGCCAAGCAAUGGAACCAUGACUGUAAAUGGCACAACAUACCUUUCUCUGGCCACGUUCACAUGUAACACAGGUUAUGAUCUGAUUGGGGACAGUACUCUACUGUGUGAAGAACUUGGAACCUGGAAUACAACAGAACCUACUUGUACCAUACGAAACUGUGGCUCUGCACCAACUAUCACUGAUGGAGUGAUGUCUGGCUUAGGCACCACCUAUGAGUCUGAGGUCACUUACACCUGUAAUACAGGCUAUGAUAUGGACGGUGGGAACACACUUGUUUGCCAAGAUGAUGGCACCUGGAAUGGAUCAGCACCUAAUUGCACUAUCAUGGACUGUGGCACACCUGUACCACUCAUCAAUGCAGACAUAGUGCCAGGAUAUGUGACAACUUAUGGUGGUAUUGUGACAUACAACUGUUCUGUAGGCUAUUAUGAUAAUGGAGGCAGCAAUACCAGCACAUGUAAUUCUACCGCAGACUGGGAUGGGGAGCCACUUGUCUGCACUAUCCAUGAUUGUGGCAGUCUUACACAGCCAAGCAACGGGACCAUGAUUGUAAAUGACACAACAUACCUUUCUCUGGCCACCUUUUCAUGUAACACUGGUUAUGACCUGAUUGGGGACAUUACUCUACAAUGUAAUGAACUUGGAAACUGGAAUACAACAGAACCUACUUGUACCAUACGAGACUGUGGCUCUGCACCAGCUAUCACUGAUGGAGUGAUGUCUGGCUUAGGCACCACCUAUGAGUCUGAGGUCACUUACACCUGUAAUACAGGCUAUGAUAUGGACGGUGGGAACACACUUGUUUGCCAAGAUGACCGUGCCUGGAAUGGAUCAGCACCUAAUUGCACUAUCAUGGACUGUGGCACACCUGUACCACCCAGCCAUGCAGACAUAGUGCCAGGAUAUGUGACAACUUAUGGUGGUAUUGUGACAUACAACUGUUCUGUAGGCUAUUAUGAUAAUGGAGGCAGCAAUACCAGCACAUGUAAUUCUACCGCAGACUGGGAUGGGGAGCCUCUUGUCUGCACUAUUCAUGAUUGUGGCAGUCUUACACAGCCAAGCAACGGAACCAUGAUUGUAAAUGACACAACAUACCUUUCUCUGGCCACCUUUUCAUGUAACACCGGUUAUGACCUGAUUGGGGACAUUACUCUACAAUGUAAUGAAUUUGGAAACUGGAAUACAACAGAACCUACUUGUACCAUACGAGAUUGUGGUCCUCUUGAUAUGUCCAUAGGGAAUGGCACAGUAAUCCAGACAGGCACUAAGUAUGAAGAUACCUCGUUUUACAUGUGUGAUGAGGGCUACAUGAUAUCCCGAGGGGUGGACAAUAGGACAGUCAACUGUGCAGCAAACGGAACCUGGGAUAAUUCCGUCCCAAUAUGCAUUGAAACAGACUGUGGGCCCCUAGACAAUCCUAGUGAUGGGCGAGUGUUUACCCCAGACAUGAGCUACCGCGCGUUUGCCUCCUAUACAUGCAACAGGGGGUACCUUCUUGUCGGUGCUAAUGUGAGAAACUGCCUGACCAAUGGACUAUGGAGCCUGGAAGCUCCUGUCUGUGAUAUCAAAGACUGCCUUGCAUUGACUGAUCCGGUUGAUGGUUCUGUGGAGUACACGAGUGGAAACACAACAUACCAGAGCGUGGUAACAUACACAUGUUAUGAAGGAUUUGAAAUAUCCUCGGGUGAUACGAGCAGGACUUGUAGGGAAGAUGAGACCUGGGAUGGAACGGCCCCUAACUGCACUCGAAAAAGUUGUGGGGCCGUGGCUACCAGCAUUUCUAAUGGAAAUGUAACACAAACUGGCACACUUUUUAACGACUCUAGUCUGUAUGAGUGUCAUUUGGGCUUUAUGGUGGCCCAGGGCAUCAUCAGUCGACUCCUGUACUGCAAUAGCUCAGGUUUCUGGAAUGAUACAGCCCCGACUGGCUGCAUAACCACUGAUUGUGGAGAGUUAACUCACCCAGUUAAUGGUCGGGUUGAAGACAGGGUCACCACUUACAGGGGAGUGGCCAGUUACACAUGUAACCCUGGAUACGACAUGAUUGGGAGUAAUGUGCGCACAUGUACUGAUGUUGGAUUAUGGGACGGCAGUGAACCAACCUGCCAGAUUAAAAAUUGUUUCAAUGCAACUGUAAUUGGGAAUGGUACAGUGUCCGACCCAGUGACCACCUUUGGAGCUGUUGCCAGCUAUACUUGUGAUGAAGGUUAUAACAUAUCUUCUGGUGAUCGGGAAAUCAGGUGUGGAGAAGAAGGAACCUGGGUUGGCGUCAUCCCCGAGUGCUCCCUCUAUGAUUGUCAAACCCUCACAAUUCCUGCCAACGGACAAGUUGACCUCACUCAGGGAACCCUGUAUGGGGCUAUAGCCACAUAUUCUUGCAAUUCUGGGUUUUAUUUAGAGGACGAGAUAACAAGGAACAGGGUUUGUCAGGAUGGUGGACAAUGGAAUGGAACAAAUCCCACUUGUACAAUACAUAAUUGUGGAACUCCCACCAUUAAUUCCAACAGCAGUCUCACAUUGACCUCUGGGACUACAACAUACCUGAGUGUUGUCACAUAUACCUGUGAUGAAGGCUUCUUUCGAACAGGUGGAAGUGUUUCACGCACUUGUCAGGAUGGAGGGAGCUGGGAUGGCUCUGCUAUUACUUGCCAGAUACAUGACUGUAAUACACCACCAUCUGUAUCCAAUAGUAACUCCACCUACACAUUGACGACCUAUCAGGAGACAGUAUCCUACACUUGUAACCGUGGUUACUAUAGAAGCAGUGGAGAUGAAGAGCUUACAUGUGGAUCAACGGGCAAUUGGGAGGGAACCCAACCAACGUGUACCAUUCAUGACUGUAAUAGCCUCUCAAAUAUUAUGAAUGGGUCUGUUGACCUGUCCAAUGGAACGCAGUAUCUUGCCGUGGUUAGUUAUGCAUGUGACACGGGCUAUUACAUCAACAGAGACUAUGUGCCGAGGGUUUGUCAGGACAAUGGAACGUGGAGUGGCACAGAGCCAAACUGUACAAUCUAUGAUUGUGGAACGCCGCCAGUGAAUGCUAACAGUAGCUACCAGCUCCUGAAUGGCACAACUUUUUACCAGGAUAUGGUAGGAUACACCUGUGACCUGGGCUAUUUUGGAGGAAACAUUGUAAACAGUUGUGAAGAUGGUGGGAACUGGGCUGGUUCACCGAUCACAUGUCAGAUACAUGACUGCAGUACACCACCAUCUGUAUUAAAUGGUAACCCUGUCUACACAUUGACGACCUAUCAGGAGACAGUAUCCUACACUUGUAACCGUGGUUACUUUAAUAGCAGUGGAGAUAAAGAGCUUACAUGUGGAUCCACCGGCAGUUGGGAGGGAACACAUCCAGUUUGUACCAUAUAUGACUGUGAAGACCUCUCGAACAUAACGAACGGAAUGGUAAACGUAUCUGGAGGGACACAAUAUGGAGACAAUGCGACUUACACUUGUACUACUGGUUACUUCAUCAACAGUGGCUAUGCACCCAGGGUCUGUGAGCAUGGUGGAUUAUGGGGAGGCUCGGAGCCUAACUGCACCAUUUAUGGUAUUAAAGAAGAGCUUAUGGAGACCUUUCAUGGGAUUGCAUUUGAGGCUGCUGGGGUCAAGAUCAAAGUCACUGUUAGUAAAAAUGGAAAGACUGUUGAAACUGAAAAUCUUUAG